AUGCACUUUGUCUUCUGCUGCCUCCCCGAUGAGUUGUUAUGUGUGAGUAGCAGCAGUAAGCAGCAGCAGCAGCAGCAGCAGCAGCAACAGCAAGCAGCAACUGCAGCAGCAGCAGACAGUAGUAGCACCGAUAGCAGCAGCACCACUACAGAGAAGAACAGCAGGAGAGCCACCAGCAGCAGCACCAUUAAAGAGAAGCAGCAGCAACAGCAGCAACAAUACAGACAGCAGCAGCAGCAACAGAGGCAGCAGCAGCAACAGUAG